AGAAACAACGUGCACCGGGACCGACAGCGGCCAAAAACCUGCUCUGCUACCUUUUACACUAUAUCUCUUCAGUGAGAGGAAACCUAAACAUGGCUAAAUGGGGAGAAGGAGACCCUCGCUGGAUCGUAGAGGAGCGAGCAGACGCGACUAAUGUCAACAACUGGCACUGGACCGAACGAGAUGCGACAAACUGGUCGUCGGACAAGUUAAAAGCUCUGCUGCUCGGUCUGAGCGUGGAGAACGAGGAGGGGAGCUGCGAGGUCACAGAGGUCAGCAAGGUGGAAGGAGAGGCUUCGAUCAACAACCGGAAAGGGAAACUUAUUUUCUUUUAUGAAUGGAACCUAAAAGCAACUUGGACCGCGGUGUCAAAAGCAGGAAUCAAAUAUAAAGGAACGAUCGAAGUCCCGAACCUGUCUGACGAGAACGACAUGGAGGAUCUCGAUAUCGGCGUAUCGCUGAACAAAGACGAACCCGAGACGCCACUGACCAACCUGAUGAGGACAAAAGGAGCCGAUAAGAUCCGUGAAGCUCUGGGGAGCUACGUGGGCUACUUAAAAUCAGAGUUCACUCAGGGGAUGAUCCUGCCGACAGCGAACGGUAUGGCGAAGGUUCAGUCCACAUCACAGUCCAAAGCCAAGCUGAAUAAAACUCAGAUUUCCUCCUCGAGCAGCUCAGCCGCUCCCGUCAACACCGGCGUUAAGAUUCCCACCUGUAAAUUCAGCAUAAGGGAAAAGUUCCUCACCUCGCCGGCCGACCUCUUCAGGGUGUUCGUCAACCAGGAGAUGAUCCAGGCGUUCACACACGCUCCAGCGAUGGUGGAGGGAGAGAAGGGCGGAAAGUUUCGUCUGCUAGAUGGAAAUGUUUUCGGUGAAUUCUCGGAGCUGGUUCCCGAUGAGAAAAUAGUCAUGAAGUGGAGGUAUAACAACUGGCCCUGUGAGCACUACGCGACAAUCACGAUGACGUUCAUGGACCGGAGCAGCGAGACGGAGCUGAAGGUGGACUGUCGAGGCGUCCCUGAAAACGAGGAGGAGCGGACAAAAGAGGGCUGGAAGAGAUACUACUUUGAAGCUAUUAAACAGACAUUUGGCUACGGAGCGCGGCUCUUCUGAAGAACACCGUUGUACUGUAAUACGCUGUUUUCAUUUUCUUGGGUUUUUUUUUUUUUUUUUUCUUUUUCUCUUCUCUCGGAUUUUUAAUCUUCUUGUCCGUCGAUCUCUCUCUGGCACAAGAUCCUUCAGUGUAAAAAAAAAAACCUCCUAGCACGAGUUAAAAAGGAAAAGAGAUGAAAUGAAAUAGACGAGGCCGACAUGUCACCUGUCUGUCUGUGUAUCUGUAAAUGUUUUAAUUUCUGAUUUCAAAUAUUUAAAUCUAGACUUUUUCCCCCCCUCCUCCUCCUCUUCCUCCUCCUCCUCCUCCUCCUCUUCCUCUUCCUCUUCCUCCUCCUUCAGUAUUUGGGUCAGUUGUUCAAAGUAGCGUGAAUGGACUGUGCCUUUGAGACUCUGGAUGGAAAAUGGAAAAUAAAGCAAAGAAGAAUAUAAUGAACCACUAAUGCAAAAAUUGGCCUCCGAUUUAAUAUAAAUCAAAUGGUUAAAAGUCGAAAUGCUAAAAUUAUUAUUAUGUUGCUUUUUCGGGAAAUGAAUGUUUUUAUUUUUUACUUUCUUUUACUUCUUUUUCAAGUGUUAAGUGUUUAGUGAAGAUGAUGCAUGAUUCAUUUCAAACCUGCCGGACCGAGGAAACGACUGCUGGAUCUUGAACUUUCUCCUGGCAAAGUCCGACACUUUUAAAAAAAACAAAAAUCGCUUUAAAGUGCAGCGCUGUACUUCUUCAGUUUGUUUCCGUUAAGACAGGGGUGUCAAACAUGAGGCCCGAGGGCCAGAACCGGCCCGUUGAGGGGUUGCAAUCCGGCCCACUUU